AUGUCGAUAGCAAAACUUUCGGAUGCUACAUCUUCUACGUCCGAUGCGGUACGUAAUUCCGUCAAAGGGAUGAUUGUCGCUUGAUUUGCUUAUAACUUUCAGUACUACUUGAUCUCAAUGUGAAUGUAUUCUAACAGGUCUAUCACUGAAAAAGAAUAGGGGCUCUUAUUGAUAUACGGGCUUAUUGGAGUGAGAGUGGUUACGCAAUAGGGGCUCUUAUGAGAAUAGGGGCGCAUGAACAAAAACACAGUCGAGGUGGGGCGUUUACAAAGAGGGCGCUUAAUCGAAUCAUUACGGUAUUUUCCUUCUCUACUACGGGACUCAUCAGAGAUGGCCCAUAGUUUAGCUCAGUGACCGCCCGCUCAACUCUUAAAACAUUCGCUUUAGAAGUCUCGCCGGCAUGUAAAUGAGACACUGAUAGAUAGAAGACGUGCAUUUGAUUCUGUUUUAUAGCAAGCAAUUGAAAUGAAGGUUUUGUGCAUUCUGCUUUUGCCACUGGCAUUUUGGAUAGAAAAAGCUGCUUUAACCGGUAAGUCAUGAUUACUUAAGAGCAAAACGCAUAUUUAAAAAAGUAAAUAUAGUUUUGAAAUUGGAACAAGCAAAACCCAUAUGUUCCGCCGCAAAAUGUAACAACUUUUUUAUGCGAAAUGUAACACGUUUUUAACGCAAAAUGAAACAAUACUUUAAAAAGGGAAAUGUAACGUCGAAAGAUGUGACAGCCUUGGAAGAACUGAGAGACUUGGACCUAAGCCAUGGUACCCUGGGUGCCAGAGGCCUUUUUUUCCCGUUGUUUUCGCCGCUCAAUUUUCGCCGCAAACAACAGGAAAAAAACCCUCUGGCACCCAGGGUAAAGUCAUGGCAAAUAAACUUACAAAAAAGUCGUAAAGCGGGCAUACGAGUUACAAGUCAUGUGACCUCGGGAAAUUAGAUUGGCCAAUAACAACAACGCCAACGGUAUAAAAUAUAACGUGUGAAAAGUAUCGUCAGCUGAUGAGGAUUUGCUAAAGAAUAUUAGAAAUGUUAGAAAUGUGAAUAAUGGAGUGCUUGUAACAACUAUAUGAAUGCAAGUUGAAAGUUAAGAGCUGAGCGAAGGGUACCUUUCACAACAAAAUUUUCAACGUAGUCGACAAGAUAGGAUCAUUUUUUACCGUACGUUCAGAAAAUAUGAGAGAUUUCAUACCAAACCAUGAUCGAUUAUCUCACACAGUCGGAUCAGACCGCUCCGCUGCACUUUCCUUUUAAUGCCAUGAUUUUUUUAACGUUUUCUACCUAUUAUAUAUCGGCUAUAUAUCUACGUAUUAUAUAUCUAUUUAUUAUAUAGACACGAGUGAUUCACUGGAAAAUAUACCACUCGUAAAAUUCAUAAAAACUACAUCCGGGACCCAAGUGGUUUAUUUUCCAUAAUCUCACACGUGAGUUUAUCGAUGACGUAAUUAAUCUCGGUCAUUUCCCUCUAUUAUUUUAUCGAUGUCUUUUUGUCUAUAUAAUAAAAAGAGCAUUACACGGUGGCUUGAAGAUAUGAAUAAUAUUUUACCCACUCGCUAUGCUCGUUCGUAAAAUAUUGUUUUGCAAUUCGAAAAUAAAAUUAAUAUCUUCGCGCCACCGUGUAAUAUCAUCUAUAUAUCCUAUAUAUCGGUUACUUCAUUUAGUUCACGCAACUGCAGUAUUGGCAAUGGUUUUCUACGAUCGGUCCUACUUAAAAGACGAGGAACAUACAAGCACCCAUUUGCUCAUAUUUCUAUUUUUUUUUUAGCAAAUCCUUAUCAGUUAAGGAUAUUUGUUACGCAAUCUAACAAAGAUAUAGUGUGACGAGUGAAAUACAAGUUUACUUCAAUAACAUCUUAGCUGUUAUUGACCAAGUGACUUGCAACGCUAUGUCUGCUUUAGGAUUGUUUUGUAAGUAACUGAUUUCGAAAAUCUUACCAGCAAACAAUCUGUUGUUGUUACACGGCAACCAGACAAUUCAGAGCCUAUGUCCAAGUCUCUCAGUUUUAUCGAGGCUGUAACAUUUUACGUUGUUACAUUUCAUGUUUUAUUGUUUUAUUUUACGUCAAAAACUUGUUACACUUCGCGUUAAUGUCACAUUUUGCGUCAAUUGUUACAUUUUGCGGCGUAACACCCAUAUUUGAAAAUUACAUUUUUAGUGUAUGUGUUAACCAUUUUUUGUUAACGUCAUUUCACAAAAGAAGAUACAAAAUUGAACUUGUGUAUUUGUCGAUACAUAUCCUCCAUGAUCCUGUACAUGUUGCUGUUAUUACUUGUUAAUCCUUUUUUUCUUUUAUGAUUUAAAUUUUUUGUGGGGGUUAUUAAAUUUCGCGCAGAUUUUUAUAUUUGCGGGUCUUUAAUUUCGCGAUUUUUUUACAAGCGCAAAGAAGCGAAAUUAAAGACCUGCGAAAAUAUGUUCCAAUAAGGUGGGUAAAUAGCCAGCUAAAGAUGAUGUUUCCCUCUAAACAGCGCUUUGUGACACACCCUUUCAUAAAGUAAUGGAGAGGGACUGAUACUGUGGCCUGGUGGCCUGCAAACCGAAAUGACAGGAUUGGGCAAAACCGACGGUUAAAGAAAGCAGACAGCUCAGCUAACCGAAUAACCAUGCAUAAAUACAGUAGCACCUCGCUUUACGAACACCCCUUAAUACCGACACGUCAUUAUUACGGACAGUUUGCUUUGUCCCUGGGGAAAGAAAGCCCUUAUAUUUUCUCUAAAUCGAACUCGCUUAAUAUUAGGCUUUAAUACGGACACCCCUUCAGAGUUCGUAUUAAGGGAGAUUGACUACAACGUCCUUUUUUUGUGACUAUGAAUAACCGGCUGGGCACCUUAGAGCUGCACUGGACACGAGAUUUUACCCUCGAGAAUUAGAAAACUGUCGUGGAAUCGUGUUGAACAAAACCGAAUUAACGGGGAGAAAAGUGCGACUGAAAGAUUAAAUCCCAUUUUUUUCAAAAGAUCUGAACUCUGAAUGGUCGGAGUGCAUGUACAUAAAUAAAAGUGAAGGCGUUCUUCGAGCGGUUAUUGAAGCUCACGUGGUUAGAAAGAAUAUCAUUUCUUGUCUGGUUUCUUUUUUCAGUACCUCCCUUUCCUUGUGAUAAGUUGGAUCUAACAAUGAUCUUGGAUCGAACCGAAAGCAUUGGCCCCAGCCUGUUCAACAAAAUGAAGAUUCUUGCAGCAGACCUCACUGACAGGUAUCGCGGUAACUAGGUUUAGACCAAGAUGAAAUCUUGUUUUUUUUAUUAAACCUCUAUACUCUGUUCACUAUCAGCCUUUACGACUCCUGCUCCCGGUACAUGAUUCAGACAUUUUUAAAGGCACCCACCAUACACAGUAUAACGGCGCUUUAUUUAAACAGAUAUUUCCUCAUGCACAAAUCUAAACAAGAGAGAACGAUAUGAGCCCUUCUUGCCCUAAGCUUCAGCUUUAUGUAUUUAUAUAUAUUGGCUUUCCAUCUUGAACAGUCUAAUUGAAAGGGGUCAGACGAUAGACGAAUGUUCCUCCCCCAAAUCUCUAACUUUCGUAUCCAUAGGAUGCCUAAAAUGUGAUCAAUCACAAUUAGUUUCGGCCCUAUUAAAUCCUAUGCUAUAAUUGUAGAUCUUUUUAGGAGGAGCCAGCCACAAUGUCAGCAGGGUUACUGCCGUUAACCGCGGCAGUGUUAGCUCAGUCGGUAGAGCGUGUUGACUUGACUGCAGAGCGGGAGGUCGCGGGUUCGAUUCCUGGGGCCAGACCAAUACUCAGGGUCUUAAAAUAACCGAAAAAUGAAGGUACUCCCUUUUCACUGAAACAGGCUACACCUUCGCGUGGCUCGGAUGACCACGUAAAAUGGCGGUCCCGUCUCCAGUUGGAGACGUAAAAUAUAGUGUCCCCAAUUAGUACUUUCGUGCUAAAUACAUUGACACUCAAAUAAAAGUCCACAUGGCAUAUAUCUAAUACAGUCAAACCUCUUUAAUACGGACACCAAAGGGACAGAACCAAGUGUCUGCUUUACAGAGGUGUCCGAUUUAUAGAGGUAGGGAAUGUAUGAUUUUUGGCAUUUCUGGGACCAAACAAACUGUCCGUAAUAGAGAGGUGUCCGUAAGGAGAGGUUAUAAUGUAAAGAAAAAGAAUAAUGUAAUCCGUUACAUUAGAAACUAGGAUCUGGUAAACUGAAGCAAGCGCACAAUAUAAAUUUGUCUCUCUUUGCUUUGUCUCGGGACCUCUUGUCCUAAAGUUUUUAAAAUUAUAAACUAGUCGCUUUUCUGUUGCAUUGCGUUACCCUUGCUACUCUUUUUAUUUCUGCUGGAUCAAACCCUUUCUUCCUUAAAAAUAGAGUAACUUCCCUGCUGGAGAAAGAGAUUUAAGAAUACAUCUUUGAAAAAGCAUAUAUCUGCAGUACACUAAGAGAGCAUGAAAGAGGCAUACUCUCUUUCUUGACACGUCUUGCAGUGAAGUAAAUUCCUCAGUUUAGAGCGCAGAGCCUACAAAUAUCUCUUGUUGCUCUUAAGUGUGUGGUGUUUAUUCGGGGCAGUGGUUACAAGAGAAAGAAGUUUUUUCCAGUGAAUGCGUUAAUUUUCUUAAAGAAUUGAUGGUGUUUGUUAGGUUUUAUGUCUCACCGACUCAAACUCGACUCCUUGUGAUACCAUUUGGACAAGACGCAACUGUAUUAAGAAAUGACGAUAAAGCAAGCUUUAGGCGUUGGACCCUAGGCAAUGGAUACGCUACCAAGAAAGAGAUUGAAGCUAUGACAGAGUUACAUAACAUAACUAAUCUUCACAUCGCACUGAACCUGACUUUCCAAGCGUAUGCCACAGAAGGGAAACAGGACAGACAGGGCGUUCCCAAUAUUGUGAUACUUAUCACAGACGGCAAAACACAUAACGAAACUGCACUGGAUGAAGUAUUACAGUCAAAGGUAACUUACUUCACUAAUAGGAGUAAAUUCUUGGCCAACACUCAAGGUCUUAGAAAUAUAGACUCCUAGUUCUUAAGACGAGAAUGACUAAGAGAACGAGAUUUUAUCAGUACAGUGCGCGCGCGGCGGGAAAACGUGAUAGCCGUCGUCAUUCUACUCCGAGUUUUUGCGAGAAUGUCAAAGAAACAAAAAGAGGCAAAAACAGGUUAUCAAAUGCAAAGAAGUUUUAUCAUUUUGCGAUCGGGAGAGUUAAUAAAGAUAACAGUGCUAAUUUUCCUAGGUGUCUAUUUUUGAGAAAGAAAAAUACACGAAAAAACGUGAACUCAAAUAUCGAAGUCAUAGUCGUUCUAGUCCUCGAAUCUAAAGGUCUCUGAUAUGUUUAACUAGAAGACCGGGGAUAAAAAUACCCCUGUUUCAUCAGUUUGACUGGGGAACUAAAGGAGAUUAGAGUUGGUUAAAAUUACGGUAUAUUUCGAGAAAUUGAGGGUUCGAGAAAUACUUCACCUUUUUAAAAAGAAAACAUGAUCACAUCCCGCGAAUACAUAAUAACACUAAAAGACUGAAUUAUUCACGAUAUAGAUACAUUUUGCCAGCGUGGCGGUAAGUUAUAAAUAUUUAUAAAAUAACUAAGAUAGUACGCGCGCUCUGAAUGAAGGAGUGUUUGCAUGAGAGUAUGUAAACAUGGUUGUGGCGUCAAGAUGUUUUGCUUUUCGCGCGCUAAUCACGCAAGCACGAAUUUGAAAAAGUUUUCGAGUUCAAAACUCAACAAGUUUACUUUAUUUACCCAUUCCUUCGUUCAUCUGAAACUUGGAAAAUAGUUACAAAGAAGGUGUGUUAAUUUUUCUUCGCUUAAGCUGACAUUUUAAGCGAGAAAAAUCGGUAUUUUGGAAAGCAUCUUUUUGCAAAACAAGAACUGAUUACGCAUGCAAGACUUCUUGGACAAGACUUUGCAACUGGUAAGUAUUUCUCUUUUAAUCAGUGCCGUUUUGCGUUUUUUCUCGGGAAAGUUAUUUUAUAAAAGCAAUAGAAAACUUUUUCCCUGUGUUUGCACAGCCUGAUAUAAACACUCGAGGCGUUGGGAUAAUUCUCGACAGUUAUGCAAACCUUCGACUUCAUCUCGGGUUUGCGUAACUGUCUCGAAUUCUCCCGAACCCUCUCGUGUUUAUAUCAGGCUAUGCAAACACGGAAAAUGUUUUCUGUUGUUUAAACAAGGUAUACAAAGCAGUGGAGUACCGCCAAUUUAACAAAUAAUGUGUGCGCAAAGGGACCCGGUGUCCUCUUAUGUCCCUAAGUACAAGAUCUCUCUUGUGCCCGAAUUCUAGCUCAGGUAUUUUAAAUAACGGUGUGUUCAUAUUAAUGCCCAGUAAGCACCUUACUCUAGAAUACUAGGUCACCCGGCACCAAGUGGGAACGCUGAAUGAAAUAUAGAAUAGUGUUGCGGUUUUCGCUUGGGUUUGUGACAAUAAAGACUAAGACCCGUUUCAAACGUCGUGCUACCGCCGUGCAGAACUCAAUUCAUAAAUUAUAAAAUACAUUAGAAUAUAUUUAAAAGUUUCCUAAACCGUGUCUUUAUUUUUGUGUUUUGUUUUCGGUAACAGCCGUUCGAUUCGACUGAAUUAAGUUUGACGUCUGAAACUAAGUAGUGCUAGUGUCGUGCUGCAUUCGGGCUACAGUCGAGCCAGCUUAGCACGGCAGUAGCACGACGUUUGAAACAGGCCUAACUAUUCCAUUCUUUUCGUUCCUGCUUAGCCUCUUAAUACCUACGUGAUUGCUGUGGCUUUGGGGAAAGAGGCAAACGCUCAUCGAGGUGUACUUGACAGGACUGCGGAUGAGGUCAUUGACUGGACCUUACCAAAAGGGGAAAGAAGUUCAAAUGAUGUGUUGAACGACAUUAUGAAUCGUUUUGAUUUUGAAAGAUGCGGUAAGACAUGUGUUAUAGGUUCUUUACAAAAUAUUCUCUUUCGCUCGGAGACUGAGCCAUAUCAAUACCUUUCUCUUGCCGCCAUGUACCUCAUAGUCUGCUAGACAGCCGUUUUUAGUGUCGCCACGCACCGCUCCUGUGUAACAGACUACCAUGUACCCCUUAAAUCGGUAAAAACCAAUUCGCCACUUGCCACCCCACCCCCUCAACAAUAAAAGUUUUUGAAAAAGCGCUGUCGUCAAUUUCUUUUGGGACGACUGUAGUAACCUGUAGAAAUUGAAAACAAAGCUUAUGUAAAAUGCUAGGGACUAACAACCGGCGAUUUUUCAUGAACGUGUUAGUUUAAACAGGCUAGGUCAAGCGUGAGGUAAUAGGGAACUCAAGAUUCGAGGAAGGCGGCAGCAGCGAAAACGUCGCUUAAACUAAUGCUUUCAUCGACUUCACCGUGAUUGUUUCAACUCACUUCGUCAAAUGUAGCCUACGUCAAUCAUGUGCUCCUGUCUACGUGCAAAGUUUUUUUCUUGCGUAUCAAAAUAUAUCUCUCUUGACGUUCUCUUUGCCGUCGCCAUUGUCGGAUCUUGCGGUCCCUAACAGGUGAAAACGGACAACAUCGUCUAUCGGGUAUUCCCUUGGAAAAUAAGGGGAAAAUGGUACAACAGAGAGAGCAACGCGAACGUCAAAAAAGCAAUACAUAUUGAUAAGCGUAACAAUUUGUGCAGGUGCGUCGCACUUGUAGGCUUAUUUUCUUAUUCUCUUAUCACCAUUACUUUAAAGGUGAUUUCCGUUUUUAUAUAUUCGCUGUUUAACAGAUGGUAGUCAGCCAGGAUUCCUAACGAUCGAAAAGUUUGGCUGUUUUAGCACUGAGUACACAGAUUCAAGAAAAAAUAGACAGCCGGCGAUGGAAUCCAUAGAAAAUUCAAACUGCUGGCUCUUAAGUAAUACAAGUUUGCAGCGGAGAGAGGCUUUUGAAAGAUGUGCUUGGUGUUGUUGGAAACUGGGGCAUAAAUAUUUUGCGCUUGAUGGUGAUAAUGGCUGUUCCGCAGGUAUGUUGUUACUUGUUAUUCAGUGAUCUACAGGGGCGGAUCCAGGAUUUUUUUUAGGAGGGGGUGCACUCGUCUCUUGCUCUACUUCAACACCAAUAAACCACAUAGUUUCUUUUUGCAGAAUACCAGUUGUAUUAGAAAACCGCAGGUCAUCUCAGGGGAGAGGGGGGUGCGCACCCCCUGCACCCUCCCCCUAGAUCCGCCCCUGAUCUACCUCCUCCCAAGCGGUUUCCCCUGCUUUUACAGAGCACGCGUGGUGUUGUGGGUUAAUUUCCAGUUUUUAAUAUUAUAGGUGCCAGUUUAUCAUGAAAAUUUCCUUGACUUUUCCCCGUAAAUCAACGAAUUGCUUUUCACUAUGUACUUGUUCUCAUUGUUAGCUUCUGUGGCGUGGAAAAUUUACCAAGGUGGCCAUCCUGAUUCAAAUGACUACUGCACGGAAAAGCGAGGAGGAAGCAAUUCCAAUGUGGUUUAUUAUCUUAAAGGUAAGUUUUGUUUCACUACCUGAAUAGUUCUUUGAUAGGGCUCAGUCAAUUCUAAGUGUUCCUAGCCCGCCAGGUAUUUGUCGGCCAUUUGUCUUUUUUUCUUGAGAAAGCUGCAAAUAUGCCGCCCAUCGGUGGGGCCAACAGAUUCGUUUAAAUUCCCUGCUGAUGAAACGACGAUCACAUUGCAAUUUCGAUCAACGUCAGUCGUGCGAUGAGGGAAAAGAAAUCUGCUAAAACUCAAUAUACUGUACUUUCGAAGUCUUUAGCUUUGCUUAUUAAACCUGUUGCUUUUGUUAUUUUCUCGUUUUCGUCGUUGUCGUCGUGGCUGCUUCGGCCUGCUCGUAGCCCAUUCUUGACAUGCGACGUUUUCGGUGAAAAACCGACGAUUUGAUGGAAAACGAGCGACGAAAACGACGUCUGCAGGCACCCACAGGGAGGCUUACGAUGGGGUUUAAUGAAUAUGAACAAGUGUCCACCAAUUUUCACAAAGCAAAAAUUCUGUUUCCCUGAUGAAAGUUUAAAAGGCCAAUCGUAAUUGCUAAUAUUUUCGGUACCUUUUUUUGAGAGAAUUUGUAAUAUUUCAUUUCUAGAUAAAAAGAUAGAACAAUAUUUAAAAAUAAAAACAUAUUUAGCAGCACUGGAGAAAAAUACUAUUCUUAUUAGAUUUCAAUUUGUAGUUACACUGAUCGACUUGUAUGAUAAGAUCUUCACGGCCUUUGACCGACGUUUUUAGAUACUUCCACGGUUUCUUCAACUUUUGAAAGAAAGAAAGUUGCCAAGUUUGAAAGUGAUUUGUUGAAAAGUAACGAAGAUAUAGCUCUGCAAAGGCACAGAAAUUUACAGACGUUUAUAUGGUGGUGGGGAGGGGGGGGGGGGUUGCGCCGUUGAAGGGCGUAUUUGCCAUCGCUGUUUUGCUUGACCUUCGACACCGUAGAUAGACCAGAUAGUACCGUUCGUUUCGAUAAACUCGAACAUUACGGAAUUCGUGGCUUAGCGCUGGAGUGGGUAAGUUACUUUUCAUACAGAAUGCAAUAUGUUCAAUUUAAUGGCCAUCGUUCGUUAAAAAAUUAAGUCCCUUGUGGGGUCCCUCAGGGUUCUAUCUCCGAACCUCUUUUUUUUCUUAGUCAACAUUAUUAAACGACUUUAUCAGUGCUUCUAGUACAUUAAAUUUCGCCAACGACGUUAAUUUAUUUUUGUCACAUGAAGAUCCGGGCUAUCUUUUAGAUAUGUUAAAUUUGGAGAUAAGCAAACUAAAUCAAAAAAGACUAAAUUCGUAGUCUUCAAACCACGUAAAAAACGUACGGAUUGUGGUAUUUAAAUAAGUAUUGAUAAUGAACAUAUCUUUCCAGUAAAGGAAUUAUCUCUGCCGUCUCAUAAUUCUGCAAAAGCGCACAAUUAAAAUCACAAAUAAAACACAUUAUUUCAAUGCUUAUACAGACCCCAUUGUUAAGGAACUCGGUAUACUAAAAUUUAAUGAUAUAAAUUUGCUUCAACUAGGGCAAUUUGUAUAUACCUGCAAAAAUUCAGUCUUGCCUCCAAUGUUUUAUAACAAUUUCUCCGAAAGUAAUCAAUUCCACUCUUAAAAGCCAUGAAACUCCUAGGCCUAUUGUCUACCCCAUUGUCGAAAAAAAAAAACACUAAGAAGUUUUCUCCUUUUUUUCAAAGAAAAAAUUUUUUUAAUUCACUUGAUAACGAAGUUAUCAAGCCUCGAGCCCCUUCUUACUUAAGUAAAUACUAAGGAUUGAAUUCAUACGUAAAUGUGAAAAACAGUCUGAAAUGUUUUCCACCUCAGACUUUACGCCAUCUCUUGCUUCACCUGAUGUAAACAGCUAUAGCCCGUAGUUCGAGGAGGCCCAAUCUCUAAGCUUCCCGUAGUUUCUUAGGUUUUCUCGUCACUUCUCUUUUUUUGUUAUUUUCAUUAUUAUUUGGCAAAUAAAUAAAUAAAUAAAUAAAUAAAACAGAUCUGUUGCCCACAGACGAAGGAUAGAUAGGCUUUGAUAGUUUAUGCUAGAAAAAGUAGCAUAAUAUGUUACUAGCAGUGCUCGUAUAUUUCUCAAAAUUAUGCCAGUAAUUAUGCUACUUUUUCUAGAUUAUGCUGAUUUUAGCAAAUAUGCUGAAAUUAUGCUUCUACUUUUUAUUUCAAAUUUGGUAAAAAUACCUCAACACAAUGCAAAAAACAAGUCAAUGGCAAACAUAUCAUUCAAUUCAUAUCUAGAAACUUUAAGAGUGCAUAAUUCAUUCUCUGGAAACUAAAAAAAAUCAAACAAAAAGGAGCACAUGGAUGCCAUCUUGGGUAACCGGGCUAGUCAGUUAUACGCAGUCCCCCAGUCAGGCUAAGGUCGCUCUCUGUGGGACCCAGUUUCCAUGAAUGCGACAAUAAGCAGACAAAAAAUUGAUUCAGUUUCUCAAAUUUGCUCGUGACACCUCGCGUAAAAAAAUGGUUGCAUUGUGCUGCUAAACUAGACAAAAAUGCAAAUUUUGCUAGCAUUGCUUUCUUCGGAAAAUAUACAUGAAAAUCAUGCAGGUAAUGACGAAAUGCCAAAAAUAUGCUGUAGCAAUCUAUCAAAUCCCUAAAGAUCGACGGAUGCACUUCUUCCUGGCUGUCUGAAAUUUCAAAGUUUCUUUUAACAUAGUUUAUCGCAUGUUGUAUAGUAUUCCUCCCGGACGUGUUAAUGACAUAUUUUUCUUGAUUUGAUAAACGAUUAGAUUGUCAAGCUUUUGGAUUAGAAAACAAGGCAAUUGCGGACGGAAAAAUGAGUGCCUCUUCAGAACGCAAUGCUCAUCACUCAGCAAAACAUGGCAGAUUAUUCUCUCAGAGGGCAUGGUCAGCUGGUAUUAAAGAUGCUGAGCAAUGGCUUGAGGUCGAUCUUAGUAUCAUGGGGAACAUUGUAAAUCGUGUAGGAACGCAAGGAAGCGGUGACGCUGAAGAAUGGGUAACCGUGUACAAGCUGCUUUAUAGCUACCGGAACUCUCCUGUGAGAUUUAAGGUACAUUCCAAAUAAAGAGCCCUCGCCCCUAUUCUUCAACUCCCUCAUUUCAUCAGGGCUUGGUUUAGACUUUUUUUGACCCCUAAAGAAGACAAUAUCCCACUGCAGCAUCAUGGCAUUUUUUUUUAAAUAUGGAUACUUCUAGCACAAACCUAGACGAUACAUUUGUGGGUAAAAUAAUGGGAUUUCCGUUCUGAACACGCUAAAUGUGAACAAAAUCGCGCACUUUCUUUUUUUCCAUCUCCCCAGACUCACUGCGACACAAAGAUGCGUUUUUGAAGAAGAGGGUAGCCUGCCACGCACUAAUUAUCCAUUGAUUUAAUACUAAUUGUUGUCAUUAAUUAUUGGUUAGCAAGGUCUGGUUAACAGAUGGUGAUUUCGUUGCUUUAGUUUGCUCAGAGACUAGAUGGAAACAGCGACAGUAACACGGUUGUUUAUCACAAGCUGAAACGAAGAUUUUUGGCUCGUUAUGUCCGUUUUCAACCUUUGAGUUGGAAUGUAUGGCCGUCAAUGAGAGUGGAGCUUUAUUUCUGCAAGCCAGGUACAACCGCGGUUGAACAAGAACCCCUUGUAUCCUAUAUUAGUACAUAA